CUACUUCAAAGCACUCGAUCUUCCCUAGCUACGCACUUCUUCCUUCUUUCUAUAUUUGCUGUUUUUGUUUCCUUCUUUCAUUUUACUUCUCAAUGGAAAGCGGGCUGAAGGCAUUGUGGGUGCUGUCUGCGGUGUUGCUGGUGUCAAACUGGCAACCCUGGACUUAUGGAAAGGCCGUACCUCAAGUUCCUUGCUACUUCGUCUUCGGAGAUUCCCUGUUUGAUAACGGAAACAAUAACUACCUUAACACUCCAGCUAAAGUUAAUUACCUUCCUUAUGGGAUAGACUUUGUUACUGGGGCUUCAGGAAGGUGCAGCAAUGGUCUCAACAUAGCUGACACCAUUGCUGAACAAUUAGGUUUCGACAGUUACAUUUCGGACUUUGGUAUCGGAAGUUGCACCAAUUUUCUAGAUGGUGUAAAUUAUGGAUCGAAUGGAGCUGGCAUCCUUGAUUUAACUGGCUAUCUUACGGGAGAACUAUUUACCAUGAAUAUUCAGUUAUAUAAUCACAAUAUCACGGUUUCACGAAUUGCCAAGAUCUUGGGAAGCGAGGAAGUUGCUAGGAAGUACUUAAGCCAAUGCAUCUACGUGUCUGAUAUGGGUCAUAACGACUACCUCAACAAUUAUUUCUUGGACGACUACAAUAGCAGCAAGCUAUAUACUCCUGAAGAAUAUGCUCAACUUCUCAUUGAAACUUAUGAAACUCAGCUGGAGAAACUGUAUUGCUCAGGAGCAAGAAAGAUAGCUGUGUUCGGACUUAUUCGGGUAGGAUGUAUGCCGUCCAACAUACAAAAAAAUCCCAAUGAACUAGAUGCAUCUUCAUGUGCAUACAAGCUCAAUGAUGAUGUUCAAAUUUUCAACCACAAGCUUCAAAAACUGCUCAGAAAACUUAAUAAUAGGCAUUCUGAUGCUGUGUUUACCUACAUAAACUCUUACGAAAUUGAUUCUGAUGAUCAGACAAAUACAGGUUUUACACAAACCCGUAAGAGCUGUUGCGAGGUAGAAUCUGGUUCAGUCCCAUGUAAAUCUCUCUCCUUCCCAUGUAGCAACAGGAGUGACUAUGUGUACUGGGAUGGAGCCCAUUUUACUGAAGCUAAAGCUUGGGCCUUUGGAAAAAGAGCAUAUAAACGUCAGUCACCAAAGGACGCGUAUCCAUAUGAUAUCAGCGAACUAGUUAAGCUGAAGCUUGAUGAUUCUGAUGCUUACGAUAUCAACCAUGCCCAGCUCUGAUGGAGAAGACGGUUGUCUAAUAAGCAGUCAGAGAAUAAGAUAUUGUGUCUGUAAGAACAAUUGAAAGACAUAUUUACUGUCUUUCAAUAGCCUUUCACAAUAUAAUUCCAAUAAAAUUUGCAUUUACGCA